UAUAUACAGAUAUAUUCAGUUUGACUAUAGUAUAUAUAUAAAGAUAUACUUGAUGUUUUUUCUAAAUUAUUGUUCUUUAAAUUUUAUUUUCAAAAAUUCUUUUUCCUUGAGUAAUUAAUUCAUUUUUUUUUUUUUUCCUGAUUUAUUUAUUGUUAGUUUGGUAAGCAUUUUCAUACGCUUUGCCCCAUUGCAGGGUUCAAACCCUGUCUUUUCGAGUGUUUGUGUAAUUUACGAGUCAAACUUUGGCGUGCAACUUUAGGCAUGUUUGUAAAUUUCAGAGAGUGUUUGUGUAAUUUACAUUUUAUGAAUUGGAAACUGUUUUAUCAUUUUACUUUUGUACUUUGUAUAACUUUUCUCUGAACCUGUAUGGGUAAUGGGAAACCAUUCUAUCGCUUUCGUCGAGAUUGUCCGAGACACGCUGUCCAUUCUAAGCCCAUUGAAUUAUCAACGUGCACAACUUAACACGUCAAGAAUAUGUCAGGAAGGUUGUAUACGUUUAGAAUAAGUAUAAAUAUGGUCAUGAGUCCAUUUCUUGGUUCUCAGUCGAUCCAUCUGAAUUAUUCAAAGUCCAAGAUUAAUCUCCGCGUCCAAGUAACUACUGUUUUUAGCCAUAUAACUUUCGGUUCGUACCCAGAACUUUAUCUGCAAUUAUUUUUGCCGGUAAGACCUUUCUAUCAUCACCAAAUUCGACUAUUUGUUCCACACUAGUUGUCCCAAACAGCUGUUGUUCUCCGUUUGCACAUUCAAAAGGUCUCAAGGUUCAAGCUGUGAUUCCAUUCACCAGAAUCAUGUCAAGUACAAGUGAAACGAGUUCACCAUUGGUUGUGAUUCCUGAAAAUGAAAUUCAGCAUAUUGAAUUACUUUCUGCAUCCACUGAUAGAUAUGAAGGAGUCACUGUAGAUAUGAAGGAGCCUAUGGAUCCUCAUGUUUUUGCUACUUCGCUUCGUGCUUCAAUAUCAUUGUGGCGCCAAGAGGGAAAGAAAAGUGUUUGGAUUAAAUUGCCUAUUGAGCUUUCAGAUCUUGUUGCUCCUGCAGUCAAGGAAGGAUUUUGUUAUCAUCAUGCCGAAUCUACAUACUUAAUGCUUGUAUAUUGGAUUCCUGAAACUCCAAAUACUCUCCCUGCAAAUGCUUCACACCGUGUAGGAAUUUGUGCAUUUGUCGCGAAUAAUAAGGGGGAGGUUCUGGUAGUCCAAGAAAAAAGUGGCCAUUUCGGAGGCACUGGCAUCUGGAAAAUGCCCACUGGGGUGGUUGACGAGGGGGAGGAUAUAUGUGCAGCCGCAGUCAGAGAAGUGAAAGAGGAGGCAGGAAUUGAGACAGAAUUCGUGGAAGUCCUCGCAUUCAGGCAAAGUCACAAGUCAUUCUUUAGCAAGUCAGACUUGAUGUUUGUUUGCAUGCUAAGGCCACUCUCAUUUGAUAUCCAGAAGCAAGAUUCAGAGCUCGAGGCAUCACAGUGGAUGUCAUUUGAGGAAUAUGCAGCCCAACCAUAUGUGCUGAAAAGUGAGAGCUUCAAUAAUGUUGCAAAAAUAUGCUUAGCAAAGAAGGACAAGGACUAUGCUGGCUUUUCUGUGAUGCCUGCAACUACAGGAUUUUCUGCUAAAAAGAGUUUGUUAUACUGCAAUAAUCAAGAUCUGUUGCGUUGAACCUUUUGAUGAAGCAACUUACAGCGGACAAAAAUAAAAAUUGAAUAAAACUUUUAAAUUGGAAUGUUGUGAAUGUAGUUUUCAUUUCUUUGAUAAAAGAAGUGGUUUUGUACAUAUAUUUUCUUAUAUAAAUUAACAGAUGGACACAGUACAAUUCAUUUGAUUUUGUCCCAAGGUGGGAUAUAUUGUACAUGAAAUAGUUAAUAAAAUCAUCUGAUAAUUAAGAUUUA